AAACAAAAUAUUUCCUUCCCUGGAAACAUGGGCAAGAUACUUAUCAUUGUAGCAUGUUUCUGCAUAAAAACAGGAUCAGAUUAAUUUAUUAGAUAUUUAUUGAGCACCUGCUAUGUAUUAGGAACUGUAAAAGGCACUUGGUAAACUUCAGUGAACAGACUACUUUCAUUGACCAGUUCUUUAAAAUCACAAGUGCUAAAAAGCAAAUCAGAGUGAGUGGAAAAGGCACCACAGGCAAUUGUAGAUUUGUAGUACACUUUGUAAGAAGGCAACUACUUCAUUGGGUAAUAGUGAUAAGUAAGGGAAUAAACAGAAAUAUAGAGUUUGGAGUCCAUUAAGAAGCAUUAAGUAUAUUUUUAUUCCUGUGGUGUUAUAUUCCUUCAGAUGUUAAUUGGAAGCAGAUGUCUUGAGAAAACCUCUUUAUCCACCUGGGGAGACAGAAUACCAUUUGUGAAGUUACUGUCUCUGUCAUGUUUUAUGCCAUAGGACUGAUCUAAGCCAGGGUGACCCUCUUCAGGAUCAUUUGCUGUUUAAGAAGACUGUUAUGCCAGUUUGGAAGAUGAUUGCUAGUCACAGAUUCAGCAGUCCAUUUCUGAAGCCCGUGUCAGAAAGGCAGGCCCCAGGAUACAAGGAUGUGGUAAAAAGACCCAUGGACUUAACUAGCCUGAAGAGAAAUCUGUCUAAGGGACGAAUUCGCACCUUGGCUCAGUUCCAGCGGGACCUGAUGCUGAUGUUCCAGAAUGCUGUGAUGUACAAUGAUUCUGAUCAUCAUGUGUACCAUAUGGCUGUGGAGAUGCAGCGAGAAGUCUUGGAGCAGAUUCAGGUGCUGAGUAUUUGGUUAGACAAAAGGAGAGACUUAAGUAGUCUGGAGUGAGAACCAACCAAUCCAGUGGGUGAUGAAAACGUAUUUGGUUGACCUGGAGCUGCUACUCUGACGUUUUUUCUCAAGUUUGGACCUCUUCCUGAAACUCU